AUGUCAAAAUCACAAGAACCAUCACCUAUACCAAUCAAUAUUAUAAAGAGUCUAACAGACAAGAACAAUGACAAGAGAAAGACUGGAGCACAAGAGAUUGAAGCACUGGUUCGUGAAUUGGUUAUAAUCGAUGAGAUACCUACCAUCAAAUCAAUCAUCAAGAUCUUAUCGGUCGACUAUACAGACUCUGCACAGGGAAACAAUAAAAAGGGUGGUUUGAUAGGCCUAGCAUCUAUAGCUAUUGCCCUUGGUCAGGAUACAUGUAAUUAUUUACAAGAGAUUAUACCACCUGUGUUGAGAUGUUUUCUAGAUCAUGAUAGUAGAGUUAGAUUCUAUGCAUGUGAGUCAUUGUACAAUAUAGUCAAGGUUGUUAGAGCAAAGACAUUGGUAUUCUUUAAUGAAAUAUUCGAUGCACUUUGUAAACUCACUGCUGACCCAGAUCCACAAGUAAAGAAUGGUGCUCAACUAUUUGAUCGAUUAUUAAAAGAUAUAGUUACUGAAAGUCCAACAUUUGAUAUUGACAAAUUUAUACCAUUAUUAAAAGAAAGAAUUUAUGUUAUUAAUCCAUUUUGUAGACAAUUUAUAGUUGGAUGGGUAAUUGUAUUGGAUAGCGUACCAAAUAUUGAUAUGUUGGUACACUUGCCUAAAUUUUUGGAUGGAUUGUUCAAGAUGUUGAGAGAUCAAAACAAAGAGAUUCGUAAUGAGGCUGACAAGUCGUUGAGCGAGUUUCUCAAGGAAUUGCAAACCACCGAAGAGGUGGACUAUGGAAACAUGGUAGCUAUCAUUGUCAGACAUUGCUCAGACACUGAUGAACUGACUCGUCUACGUGCUCUCAAUUGGGUCAAUGAAUUUAUAUCGAUUGGACGUGAAAAACUACUUCCAUACAGUCCACUCUUGCUCACUGGUAUCCUACCCAAUUUAGAACACUCAAUGAAUGAAAUUGAAAAUGUAGCAACCAACUCGAUCAUUUCGCUUCACAAGUUGGUCUAUCACACCUCUCAACCAAUCCCAAUGAAAGAGUUGAUUGAGAUAAUCACCAAAUUCCUCUCAUCCAACUCUGUUCAGAGCCGUCUCAAUUGCCUACGUUGGAUUCUCAUGUUGCACAACAAGUUGCCCAAUGAGAUCGGACCACAUUUGGGAGAUCUUUUCCCACAUCUCCUCAAAACACUCAGCGAUUCGUCAGACGAGGUUGUCACACUCGAUCUCGAAGUUGUCGCCAAGAUCUCUGACAAUACGUUGUUGUUUGAUCGUUUGAUGGAGAGUUUGGUCAAACUCUUCCAAUACGAUUCCAUCCUACUCCGAACUCGUGGCAAUUUUAUUAUUCGUCAACUUUGUCUAUUUUUAAAUCCAGAACUCAUAUUCCGUCGAUUCUCUCUGAUCCUCAAGGACGAGAACGAUGCCGACUUUGCCAGUGUAAUGAUCCAAACCCUCAACCUCAUCCUUCUCACCUCUGACGAAUGCGUAGAUAUUAGAAAGAACCUUAAAACUUUGGCCUCUCCAGAAAGCAGAGACCUCUUUUCAACUCUCUACAAAUCUUGGUCUCAUAGUCCUGCCUCUUUGUUUUCACUUUGUAUGUUGUGUCAAGUUUAUGAACAUUCUUGUGAUUUAUUAUUGAAAUUUUCUGAAAUUGAAAUUACUGUAAACUUUUUAAUGGAACUUGAUAGAUUAGUACAAUUAUUGGAAUCACCAAGAUUCAUGUCAUUAAGAUUACAAUUAUUGGAACCAGAAAAAUACCCAUCUCUCAUCAAAGCACUCUAUGGUUUAUUAAUGAUCCUACCUCAAUCAUCGGCAUUUGAAACACUUAAAAAUAGAUUAACUUGUAUAUCUUCACUAGGAACUUUAAGAUUAAUUCCAAAAACUGAAAACCAAGAUGGAAAUAAUAUUAGUAAUAAUCCAGAUUUGAAAGAUAUUGAUUUCAAGGAACUACUUGAACAUUUUAAACUUGUACAAGACGCUCACGAAAAAUAUAUUAGAAAGAAUGCACAGAGAAAGGCUAGAUCGGGAUUAACAACAUCCUCUGAAACAUCAUCUCCACCAAAACAAUCACAUCUUCCCUAUGGACUUCAAAAUUUUGUAAACAAAAGAGUUGCUCAUCACACCCUAUCUAAUCCUUUAUCAACAAUCGUUAGAAGAGGUGAAGUAACAAAAAAUGGAUCUCAUACACUUCGUUCAUCAGAGGUUCUAGCACUCAUCGAUAAAUGGAGCUUGGAGACCAUCGAAUCAAGUCAUAAUGAACUAGAGUGGGACAAGAACCGAACUAGAGAAUAUGUCUGUCAUCUCCAUACCAUAAAAGACAAAUCAACAAUGACUCGACUGAUGGUCGAUAAACUUUGGUUACUUUGUCGAUUUUGGUGUUGGUCGAUUAAAACUGUUUCAUUGGAUACACUUGCUCCACCUGCUGGAACAAUUGAACCAGACCAUCCCUUGUACAACUUUCUACUCUUUUCAGCUGUUUUGGAAGUUGUUGAUAUUAGAGUGAAUCCUCUAGCAGAGGCCAGAGUUAUUAUAGGUGAAUGUGCAAAACACAAAGUACCUCACAUGGUCACAUUUAGUUUUGUAAAGGGACAUGCAAAAGAUUUGUUGGGAUUGUUUUGCUCAAAUGGAUCAUUUGAACAGGUGCAAUGGUACGUGAACAACACUCCAAAUAUCACUAGUGAUAUAGACAUCAAGUCAAUUGAACUCAUCGCAUCGCUAGAGGUUGCACAACUUCUUAUAGAAAGAUUUCCUCAAUACAUCCCAUCAAACAAUACCGUUGUACUUCUUAUUAAUACCAAUCAACUCGAUAUACUACGAUUCUUCAUUUUGGACAAGAAACUAUUUGACAGGGACUGGGUAUUGAGUUUUGGUAUGAACAACAUCCUCUUUUGCAAAAACAUAGACCUCAUUCAAUUCUUUAUUCCAAACAAGGAAUCAUUUUUGAAACACAAAAAGUCAUCACCACCCUUUUCCAAUUAUUCCGGCUACUCUUCCAAAACCAUCGAGUAUCUGUAUGAGUUGGCUCCUCAAGAACUCAUCCAAGACAUUUCAUCUUGUCCUCCUUCAAAUGUAUUGGCAAGGAAACCAAUAUUCUCAUUAAUAAUGAGGGUAUUGGCUGACGACGGCGGUGUCAAUUUUAAAAAGGAUUUCCCAUUCUUUUUUGAUCAAGCAGUCGUCAGAUAUGGAUCACCAGAUGCCGUUGCCAGUCUAAUAUCUCAAAUGAACCGCACAUGGAAAAAAACAAAACUUUUCUAUCUAACCAUGGUAUCCCUAUUCCGAGGUAACCUCUCCAUUACUUCUCAAUUUACAUCACUUUUACAACAACACAAGAAAAUGUUUGAUAUCACAAACCCCUCAUCAUUCUUGAAAGUAGACCAAGAUUUUAUAGAUUCAGAGAUACUGUUUCUUUACAGAGACAUUGGAAACUGUGGCUCGGCGGAACUAUUUGACAUUGUAAAUGAAGUAAUGUGCACCUUUAAUUAUCCAAUUAAAGGAAAUCAUCUAUUAAUUGCACAAGCUUUGGUUUCUGGUGGUUUAAAACAUGCUUCAUUCCCACCACCAGUUCAAACCAGUCUAUACCUCGAGACAACCGGUAUAUCAAGCUUUGAUUCAUUCUUCAAACAAAGAAAUACUCCAAUACAUACCGACUAUCCAGAAAAAAGACAAAUAAAAUGGAUAAAAGUGGAUAGAAAUGAUUAA